AUGGGAUGUUGCGAAGCCAAUGGAAUAAGGAAUAGAUUGGAAUAAAUCAAUCCAUUCAAACAACCAAGAGGUAUUUGUGUUAUUGAAAUCGAAGAUAAUUCUGCACCAAUUUGUAGGAAACCAAUAUUUGAUGACAAUUCUACAUAACCUUAUAAAUCCGAGUCACAAUAUUAUUCUUAUAAAACUCAACAAUUUAGAGUGUCCAGAGUGACAAAAUCCCCUAAUAAAUAUGAUGAGUUUAAUACAAACUAAUAAAUAAAAAGAUAAUAGCAGCCAUUAAUUUAACAUAGGGUAUAAACUCAAUAAGCUAUUUCUUGUCCCCCAAUUAGAUAAUAAACUAACUAAUAUUUGAGUAAUUAAAGUUUCUCAGUACCAGUAAGUACUUUAGUUUAAUAACCUUAAUAUGUUGUAAACAGUCAACCUUAAUAGCAUCAGCCAUAUGUGGUAUAUCCACAAAGUAAUAAUGUUAGCUUUCGUGGAGAUUAAGUAAACUAGAUUAUAAGUAAUCUUAAUAAUUAAUAAUAAAAAUUAUUUAAGACAACUUCCAAAGCUAUAAUGAAAGUUGAAGAUGAAAAAUUGACGAAUAACGAUAGAGAGGUUAUGCAAGACAUAUUUCAUCAUUUGGAGAAAACUUCUUGUUUUAAUUCUAAGAAAUCAAGUAAAAGUAAUCUGAGUGGAUCAAUAUAAAUGAAUAGUAAGGAACUCAAAAAAAUGUAUGAUCAAAUGAAUAACUAACUUCAAUUAUUGAAUAAAUUAAUAAUUUGUUUGGAUAACAAAUGGAAUUUACAAGAUAGUAAGCAAGUCAAAUUGUAAUUGAAGGAGUUUUCAGACAAAGUAAAAUAAUUGGGAGAAGUUACCUUGCAUAAUAGUAAUAUAGAAUAACAAAUGAGCGAUAAAAGCUUUCGAUCACAGGAGUCCUCCUUUCUACCAAGAACUAAUCACACAUAAACUAAAGAAAUGGAUUUUAGCAAUCUCAGUGAGCAGGAGGAUAGUUAAAUUAGAUAGAUGAAAGACAUUAUGCAACAAUAUCAUAAUUAGACUAGUGAAUAGAGUGGUUUAUUUUAGAGAGACUUAAAUAAGACUUCCUUUAUGUCAAUAAAAAAGUAAGAUAGUAGGUUAUCAUCAGAGAGAAUGAAGGAGAAUAACUACAAAAUGGACACAUUAAUAAAUAAAUUACAUCACUUGAAUUAAAGUUAUAAAUUAUUGUCUAAUGAAUGA